AUGCUUUCAGAUGAGCUUGACUCCAAACCCGAGGUAAGAGCUCCACACUAUUCACUUGCCAACACAAAUACAUGGUGGUUUGUAUUUGUGGUCUUCCGUUUGCACAUACAGAUCCACCCUCAGCUACAGAACUGUUUGAUGAAUUAUCUCUUCCUCUCUCUCCCUCCUCUGCUUCUGAAGCUGCUGGUUCAGUUUGUCCAGAACGCGUCUAUCCCUCUGGGGCAGGGUCUGGAGGACUCUGAGCCCAAACACACCUGCCUUCCCCUGCUGGCCCCUGCAGACAGCUCCCUGUGCACACAGCUGGCCCUGACAGGUCAGACAGACAGCAUCUGACAGCCAAUGACUGGAUAUCAUCAUAGACAAUCUGCCGUAUAAUAACCUAAUGUUUUUCAGAUUAUAUAUUGCCACUUGGACUAAAUCUCUCUAAGUACCUACUCUCUCAUUGGGCCUCUAGCCAACUAAUCACUCCACCAAUGUAAUCUGUGAUUGGUUCCCCAGAGGGUGGUCUCAGCCAUGCGUCAGCGAGGUCUCUGUCCCUGUCGGAGUUUGGGGGAGCAGAUCGGAGCCCCAUGGUGGUGCACCCAAACCCCCAUCCCCGCAGCCCUCACACCCCCUCCAGCCCACCUCCUGUCCUCCAUGACCUGCAGCGGUCAGAGAGCAGCUCCUAUGUCCUCCUCAACCUCGCCAAAGGUACAGAGACGCAGGGCCCAAGCAACCAUAUGAAAUACGAUUUUAUUGGUCCCAUGUGCCGAAUACAACAGGUGUAGUAGACUUUACAGUGAAAUGCUUACUUACAAGCCCAUUCCCAACACUGCAGAGUUAAAUAGUACACUAAUUGAAGUGGAUUUAACAAGAGACAUCAAUAAGGGAUCUUAGCUUUCACCUGGUCAGUCUAUCUCAUUUACAUACAGUACCAGUCAAAAGUUUGGACACACCUACUCAUUCAAGGGGUUUUCUUUAUUUUUACUAUUUUCUACAUUGUAGAAUAAUAAUGAAGACAUCAAAACAAUGAAAUAACACAUAUGGAAUCAUGUAGUAACCCAAAAAGUGUUAAACAAAUCAAAAUAUAUUUGACAUUUUAUGUUAUUCAAAGUAGCCACCCUUUGCCUUGAAGACAGCUUUGCACACUCUUGGCAUUCUCUCAACCAGCUUCACGAGGAAUGCUUUUCCAAAAAUCUUGAAGGAGUUCCCACAUAUGCUGGGCACUUGUUGGCUGCUUUUCCUUCACUCUGUGGUCCAACAAAACCAUCUCAAUUGGGUUGAGGUAGGGUGAUUGUGGAGGCCAGGUCAUCUGAUGCAGCUCUCCUUCUUGGUCAAAUAGCCCUUACACAGCCUGGAGGUGUGUUUUGGGUCAUUGUCCUGUUGAAAAACAAAUGAUAGUCCCACUAAGCGCAACCUAGAUGGGAUGGCGUAUCGCUGCAGAAUGCUAUGGUAGCCAUGCUGGUUAAGUGUGCCUUGAAUUCUAAAUAAAUCACAGACAGUCACCAGAAAAGCACCCCCACACCAUCACUCCUCCUCCAUGCUUCAUGGUGGGAACCACACAUGCAGCGAUCAUCGGUUCACCUACUCUGCGUCUCACAAAGACACGUCGGCUAGAACCCCAUUGCUCGUGUUUCUUGGCCCAAGCAAGUCUCUUCUUAUUGGUGUCCUUUAGUAGUGGUUUCUUUGCAGCAAUUCGACUAUGAAGGCCUGAUUCACGCAGUCUCCUCUGAACAGUUGAUGUUGAGAUGUGUCUGUUAUUUGAACUCUGUGAAGCAUUUUAUUUGGGUUGCAAUUUCUGAGGCUGGUAACUAAUGAACUUAUCCUCUGCAGCAGAGGUAAUUCUGUGUCUUCCUAACCUCGGGCGGUCCUCAUGAGAGCCAGUUUCAUCAUAAUACUUGAUGUUUUUUGCGGCUGCAUACAUUCAAAGUUCUUGAAAUUGUGCGGAUUGACUGACCUUCAUGUCUUAAAGUAAUGAUGGACUGUCAUUUGUCUUUGCUUAUUUGAGCUGUUCUUACCAUAAUAUGGACUUGGUCUUUUACCAAAAAGGGCUAUCUUCUGUAUACCACCUCUAUCUUGUCAAUUUGAGAUUUUUGGUUCCAACCGCCGUGUCUUUGUGAGACGCAGAGUAGGUGAACGGAUGAUCUCUGCAUGUGUGGUUCCCACCGUGAAGCAUGGAAGAGGAGGUGUGAUGGCGUGGGGAUGCUUUGCUGAUGACACUGUCUGUGAUUAAUUUAGAAUUCAAGGCACACUUAACCAGCAUGGCUACCACAGCAUUCUGCAGCGAUACGCCAUCCCAUCUGGUUUGGGCUUAGUGGGACUAUCGUUUGUUUUUCAACAAGACAAUGACCCAACACACCUCCAGGCUGUGUAAGGGCUAUUUGACCAAGAAGGAGAGUGAUGGAGUGCUGCAUCAGAUGACCUGGCCUCCACAAUCCCCCGACCUCAACCCAAUUGAGAUGGUUUGGGAUGAGUUGGACCACAGAGUGAAGGAAAAGCAGCCAACAAGUGCUCAGCAUAUGUGGGAACUCCUUCAAGACUUUUGGAAAAGCAUUCCAGGUGAAGCUGGUUGAGAGAAUGCCAAGAGUGUGCAAAGCUGUCAUCAAGGCAAAGGGUGGCUACUUUGAAUAACAUAAAAUGUAAAAUAUAUUUUGAUUUGUUUAACACUUUUUUGGGUUACUACAUGAUUCCAUAUGUGUUAUUUCAUAGUUUUGAUGUCUUCACUAUUAUUCUACAAUGUAGAAAAUAGUAAAAAUAAAGAAAAAUCCUUGAAUGAGUAGGUGUGUCCAAACCUUUGACUGGUACUGUAUGUAUUGAAAUGAAUUCUUUAUUUAACUGUUAUCUGUACUGUGGUGUGACAAAGCAGCUUUGCAAUGCCAGGCAAAUGCACCGACAAGUUUUAUCAUCUCAUCUCCUCUGCACGCUCUGUCUGUGCCAGUCUCUGCCAGGCUCCGUCUCUGCCAGGCUCUGUCUCUGCCGGACAAAUGAUCACAUUUAUUGUCUUAUGACCUUGUUUUAUUUACAUUGUAGGGCUGAGAUAACAUGUGACAAGGACAAUUUAUCAUGCCCUGACAAACUGUCUUCCCUCUGUGUCUCCCUCUCCCUCCACCUCUCAUUUUCUCUCUAUCUCCCCCCUUUCUCCCUCUCUUUCCAGGCCUAGCAGCCUCCUCUGAGCCCCUAAUCUUUUCAGCAGACGGGACAGAGGAGGAGGAAGAGGAGGUGAUCUCGUCCGGGGACUGUUGUGUGGAUGGCACUGCCCCCUGGUACCUGCGGGUACAGGAGUUGGCGCACGACAGCCUCAUCGCAGCAACGCGGGCACAGCUGGCUAAAGAUGCCAAGGCUAGCCAGGACGCAAGGGCUGGGAAUGGCAGCAACAGUAAUGUCACUUCUUCUUUGGUUUUUAUGGUGGUGGGUAAAUUGACUUUAAUGGGGGUUUAUUGCCACCAACUGAUCACUGACUGAAGAGCAGGUGUGACAUUUAGCUGAUACUAACUAUAUAGAAAAACACUAUAAAAUGUACAGGAAGACUUCUGUUUAGGAUAUCACUCGCUGCUUCUGUUGCCUAGGUGACCGCCUGCCCAGCUUCCCGUCGGAGGGGGCAAAGAGAGAGCAGCCGGCGAGGACCAAUCGUACAAUGUCGUCUAAACAGAUCCUCCGCUGCUCCUUUGAGGGCUGCUACAGAACCUUCACCUGGCCUGCUCACCUCAAAUACCACCUCAAAACACACAGGUACACACUCACACUCACACACACACACACUCAAAUAUCACCUCAAAUGUUCAUGUGUGUGUAUGUCAGGAACGACCGUACGUUCCAGUGUGGGGCGGAGGGCUGUGGGAAGAGUUUCUACGUACUGCAGCGUCUGCAGGUCCACAUGAGAACUCACAACGGAGACAAGCCCUUCAUCUGCAAGGAGAAGAACUGUGGCAAGAAGUUCACUACCGCAGGAAACCUCAAGAACCACAAACGCACACACACAGGUGGGGACAGUGCCACACGCUUAGAGGUACACAGCAGUAGAGCACAUACACCGGAACAACAUCUGUUUUAGUCUGCUCUGUAUUCUGUAGUACAGCAUAGAAAUAAAGUGAUUGUCUUUCAUAUGUUUCAGGUGUUUUCAGUGCUGUGGGAAGAUAUGUGCUUAGUGUGUUUGUGUGGGAGAGUGGUAUAAUGCUUGGUCUGUGAGAAAGUGUUAUCAUUAAUAUGUGUUGUCUACAUUUGAGAAGCCUUCAUAUGUACUUUCAAGCAUGUGAUCAUUCAUUGGUGUGUGUGUGUUGUCUAUAGGUGAGAAGCCUUUCUUGUGUGAAGCAGAUGGCUGUGGCCGUUCCUUUGCAGAGUACUCCAGUCUACGCAAACACAUGCUCGUACACUCAGGUGAGAACAACACACCCACAGAUAAGUUAAUCAAAUCUGCAUGCCAGAAUUGACCUACUAGCACAGGGGUAGGCAACCCUGGUCCUGGAGGGCUGCAGGCACUUCAUGUUUUUGAUUUAACUGACCUGGAAGACCAGUGUGUUGAAUUUAGGCAAUCAUUGAACUGAUCAAUUGGCUCAGUUGGUCAGGUGUGGUGCCUAGCUGGAUCAAAAUCCUGCAGUACCUGGGGCACUCCAGCAAAAGGGUUGCCUACCCCUGUACUAGCAUUUAAACUCGCCAGUUUCAGCAUUUCAUUCUAUACGUAGUGAAAUUUAUAACAGCUAGGUUGCUUUAACUACCGGUAUAACAACUGAAUAUGUGGAAGUCGAGUUCCUACUGUCUAAGAGCACAGUUUAAAAAUGUAAUUAUGUUAACAGUCAGUCAGAACUUUAGCUUCAGUUUGUGUCACUGUGUGCAUCUCAAAUGGCACCCUAUUCCCUAUAUAGUGCACUCUUUUUGACCAGAGCCUUAUGGCCUUGUGCUCCAAAGUAGUGCACUUUAUAGGGAAUAAGGUGCCAUUUGAGAUGCAACCACUGAAAAGUGUUCCUGUGUAUCAUUGUGUUCUAGGAGAGAAGCCCCACCAGUGUGGGGUUUGUGGAAAGACGUUCUCUCAGAGCGGCAGCAGGAACGUCCACAUGAGGAAGAGACAUGGAGAGGAGGUGCUGGGGAACGAGGGCAGAGAAACAGGUAAUAAACAAACUAGGCCAAUGGUCACCAACCCUGGUUACAGGGUGUAGAGGCUUUUUUUCCAAUUCCAACCCAACACACUACACCUAAUUUAGCCGGAGCCUUGGAGUUUACGUGUGUGUGUAACAGGCUCGUUUUCUUCCAUCUGGAAUGUUCGAUAUGACACACACACACACACACACACACACCUCUGUAAUGAACAGUAUGUGUGAUUGACAGGCGAGGCUCUGACACACAGCAGUUUGCUGGAGGCUGACGGGUCACCUGGCGACAACAUGGUCACCAUGACUACGGGGGUGGAGCCCAUGAACCUACACCACGCCAUGCUGCGAGAACAAGGUAGACGCGCACACACACACACACACACACACACACAAAACGUCUCACAAAUGCAAAACCCCAAUAAAUCACAUUUUAUUUGUAAAAUGUGCCGAAUACAACUGGUGUAGACUUUACCAUGAAAUGCUUAACAGUCCAAUCCCAAUACUCUUAAAGAGAUAGUGUGAGAUUCUGGAAAUCAUUUUAUUCCCCCAUCUACCUGGAUUUAGAUGAACUCAUGGAUACCAUUUGUAGUCCCCUGUAGCGCAGUUGGUAGAGCAUGGCGCUUGUAACGCCAGGGUUGUGGGUUCGUCUCCCACGGGGGGGCAGUAUGAAAAUGUAUGCACUCACUAACUGUAAGUUGCUCUGGAUAAGAGCGUCUGCUAAAUGACUAAAAUCUAUGUCUCUCCGUCCAGUAUGAUGGAAGUUAGCUUCGCGAGCCAAUAAUAACUAGCGUUAGCGCGAUGACUGGAAGUCUACCACUAGAUGUGUAGUACUGAACGCCCUUCAUACUGAACGCAGACAUAAAUUGUAUCCAUGAGUUCAUCUGACUCUGGGUAAGUAGAAAGUCUCGCACUAUCCCUUUAACAGUUAGCGAUGGCGUUAUGGUAUUUUUCAGGACUCAAACCAAGGGUAUCGUCCAAAACCACGGGGGGAUAUAUUGCCUAACUAUGGCCAUGUUAGUUAUUUAAUUAGCCCCAUGUGCCUUCUAACUCAUCUCUUCUUCCCUUCGUUUCCUUCCUGCGUCUAGGCUCGGCAGACUCCGUGGUCGUUCUCUCUCAACCCCAUGACCUGGUCACCAUGACAACGGCAAGCCACACGUAUGCAGAGGAUGUGGUGGCUUUGCUGUAG